CAGAGUAAAUGACAAUGCCUGCUGGCCCACGUCGAGAAGGGAUGUAGAAGGCAGUGGCGCCAGCCGCUCCUGGCACCAUGGAUGAUGCCGCAGUCCUAAGAAAGAAGGGUUACAUCAUGGGCAUCAACCUUGGCAAGGGCUCCUACGCAAAAGUCAAAUCUGCCUACUCUGAGCGCCUCAAGUUCAACGUGGCAGUCAAGAUCCUCGACCGCAAGAAAACACCCCCUGACUUCGUGGAGAGAUUCCUUCCUCGGGAGAUGGACAUCCUGGCAACCGUCAACCACCGCUCCAUCAUCAAGACCUACGAGAUCUUCGAGACAUCAGAUGGGCGCAUCUACAUUGUCAUGGAGCUCGGCGUCCAGGGCGACCUCCUAGAGUUCAUCAAGUGUCGGGGAGCCCUGCACGAGGAUGUGGCGCGCAAGAUGUUCCGCCAGCUCUCCUUGGCCGUCAAGUACUGCCACGACCUAGACAUCGUCCACCGAGACCUCAAGUGCGAGAACCUUCUCCUUGACAAGGACUUCAACAUCAAGCUGUCUGACUUCGGCUUCUCCAAGCGCUGCCUGCGGGACGGUAGCGGCCGCGUCACCCUCAGCAAGACCUUCUGUGGGUCAGCGGCGUACGCAGCCCCCGAGGUGCUGCAGGGCAUCCCCUACCAGCCCAAGGUAUAUGACAUCUGGAGCCUGGGCGUGAUCCUCUACAUCAUGGUGUGCGGCUCCAUGCCCUACGACGACUCCGACAUCAAGAAGAUGCUGCGCAUCCAGAAGGAACACCGCGUGGACUUCCCGCGCUCCAAGCACCUGACGAGCGAGUGCAAGGACCUCAUCUACCGUAUGCUACAGCCAGACGUCAACCGGCGGCUGCACAUCGAUGAGAUCCUCAGCCACUCAUGGCUGCAGCCCCCCAAGCCCAAAGCCAUGUCUUCUGCCUCCUUCAAGAGGGAGGGGGAGGGCAAGUACCGAGCCGACUGCAAACUGGACACCCGGCCAGGCUCGAGGCCUGAGCACCGGCCCGAGCACCGGCCUGACCACAAGCUGGGGGUCAAAACCCAGCAUCGGCUGCUGGUGCUGCCGGAGAACGAGGACAGGAUGGAGGACAGGCUGGCCGAGACCUCCAGGGCAAAAGACCAUCAUGUCUCCGGAGCCGAGGUGGGGAAAGCAAGCACCUAGCGGUGCUGAGG